AAUGACCUACGCAUCCUACGACUCCAAACCAAAGCGCGCGUGCUACUCAUGUACGGUGCAGUGUGCGACUCUAGCGUCAGGGAAGGAUGAGCCAACCCGGAAGGCGCGAUGGACGCGCCAACACCGUCUCCACCACCACCACGACCCACGGCCCGACCAUUACUACGACAACAUAUACCGACAAUGGCCCUCGCACGACUGUGACAACGAGCGCGCCUCAUGCGAGCACGAUCGUAUCGCCAACGGUGACGACUACGCAUCAGAUACCGUUCUCGCAACCGCCUCGAUCGUCUGCUGGAACGCAGACCGAGCAACAGCCUUCAAUCCGUAUCCGCCGUGCGGUAGCUGAUCCGAAUCUACAAGGCGACGAUGCGGACACACACGGGAAUCGCAGGCGCAGCUUUUCCGAGCCGGAGAGGCCGCAGCCCGCGCUUCUGAAGGAAGCGGAAGACCUGGAAAUACGUCGACAUGCAUCGGCCACGCCGUUGCAAACGCUCCACGAAGAAGGCUCAGGGUACUCGGUACCACAAGUGGGUUACUAUACUCCAGUGGUGCCCGAAAAGAAUCCGCGGCGGCCAGCAUUCGGACGGCAGGCAUCUGCCAUUAGUCUGCGUCAUGCGCGAAACUUCCCGGCAGGCAAUUACGAUGCGGAUGUCGUAGAUGUGCUUGAUGUCAUUGACCCCGAAGUAUCAACGCUCACGACUUUGAAUAACGUUCAAAACUCGCUCUUCAUACCCAAUUUCGGACGUUUCUACGACCGUCGGCCCACGUAUGAGCUCUCGCAAUCCGAAUCUACGAGCGACGAGGAAAUGGCACAAACACAAGCAGUUGGCCAGCAGGGUGGGGAUGAAGGCACCGCGAAUGAAAAAGCGAACCAGGAUUCCACUGGACAUCUGCGACCGGGUGAUUCAAGCCGGUUAUCACGGACGAACACCAUUUCUUCUGUCCUCACUGGCGUUUCAGAAGGCCAUAAUUACGCUGUGCUUCCACAUGGCGCGUCACUACCAGGGUGGACAGCAGAGGAAAAGGCGUUGCUCAACGAUCGCGUGCGACACCUCCUCCAUUCUAGGCGAGCAAGGUUCAGGCGCAGUAUGCGCGGCUUCGGACGAUACGUGCGCAAGCCAGUGGGAUUUCUCAUCACCUUGUACGCUUUCCUUUUGACAUUCUGGGGUGCUGCUUGGGUCCUCUUCCUCAUCGGCUGGAUCGGUGUCGGUGGCCGGCAAGCAUACUUUAUUGAAAUCUGUGAUCAGAUCUUGACAGCACUCUUUUGUGUGGUCGGUAUCGGCCUGGCGCCUUGGAGGGCUAUUGACACCUACCACAUGGCGUACGUGGCCAAAUACGCGCACAAGACUUGGAGACUAAGGAAAGAGCGUGGACUCCCCGCACUGAGAAAUCACAACGAGCUUCCGACUCUUCCAGAAACGCACAACUGGGAGGUUGACCAAGAUCAGGAUGGCGACGCCGAACAACCGGUUCUCACCACAGCUGAGCAGGAAAAGUUGGAUCAUCAUCAAAAUAAGCUCGCUAACUCACAUACAUUCUACAAACCGCACGAAACUACCACGCACAACGCCUUCUCCGUCCGCCUCCUCAUAGCUAUUGUCGUGCUUCUAGACUGCCACUCGUUAUUUCAGAUGGCGCUAGGGGGCACAACGUGGGGCAUAUACUACAAAGAACGUCCAAAAGCACUCACGGCGGUCAUCCUGACGUGCAGUAUCAGCUGCAAUAUCUCGGCUGGCAUCACAAUCAGUGUGGGGGACAAACGGAGCAGGAAGAAGCUCGUGGUAGAACAGAUGUUUCGACAAGGGCUGACGGAAGAAGCCUUGCAUUCAUUGAGGAAGGAGCGAGGAUUAGUUGCAGAUGGUAUUAAGAGGAAGGCCUCGAAAAAGGCGAAAGGGAAGAAGAAGAGUGAGGUCAUCGCAAGCGCGAAUUGAACAUUCCGUACCUGUCACCCACGUAUUAUACGCCUGUUCAUACUCUGAACAGAAAUCCUUUUCGAAAUUCCGUGUUGCUCCAUGUCUCCCAAUAAUCGAUCCUAAAGACUGGAUACAGACACGCACCCACUUCACAGCUCAUCCUUUCCUCCAUUCCACCCAUCGCCCGCCCCCAACAUCCAAUUCACACCGACCAGAUGCAACCCCCACUUCCCAACCCAUUCUCGCGCGUCGAAGCUCCGUCGCUCCACGAACUCCUCUCCGCCAACAUCCUCCUUGCUCAACUUUUGCUUUCCCUCCGGC